AUGAUCCAUGAUCCAGAUCAGUAUCCGAGGGAAACAAACAAAGAAUUCCUGGAUCCAGAUCAGCAACUUGGUAUACACGGAUCUCGCUAUGAGGCGUGUGACGUAUCUUUUUACAUAAAAGACAGCAACACCCACUCUGAUAUUCAGUGUACAGAAAACAAUCGGCCGUACUAUAGCGCAUACAAUUAUACAUACACGUCUACCAUCAUGAACGCAACCACUGUAAUACCGGUAACUGCAAGCCCACCUCUGUACUCAUACCAAGCCCGCAUCGGCUUGGCCUGUGUGUGGAUCUUAGCCGCGGUCCUUGGACUUGUUGGGAACAGCCUCGUGAUCUGGUCGGUCGUCCUGUCCAAGAAACUCCGCACGGUGACCAACGCCUUCGUGGUCAACCUCAGCCUGGUCGAUUUCUGGACGAGUCUGUCUUACCCGUGGCAGGCCGUCGCCAUACUGAGCCACGGGUCCUGGCCGUUAGCUACAGAGGUCCCAUGCUACAUAGCUGCUGUGCAGUUUUACACUGGUCUUGGUGGAAGCCUUUAUUCAUUGGCGGCGAUAGCCUUUAAUCGCUUCAUGCUGGUCACCCAGAAAACUGAAACAUACAGUCGUUGGUACUCCCCGGGAAAAGUCUCCGUCAUGAUCGCUGCGACUUGGGUCAUCCCUUCGAUCGUGUUCUUCUUGCCGCCAAUCCUUGGCAUUGGCGACUUUGGUUACGAUCCUCAAGACAACACGUGUUCAGACAAGGAUGGCCAUCCCCGCGGCCAAGAGUACAACCUGGCUCAAUCUCUUGGUCUCUACCCAAUCCCAAUGCUUAUCAUCGUCAGUUCCUACACGGCCCUCUACAUCCAUCUCAAACGUCACUUCAGGAAGCAGAAGAGGAGACGCGCCCAACAGGGAAGCCCGUCUCAGGAUGUUGAUGGGGGAACAGUUGGAGAGUCGACCGUCAGUUUCACCGUCGUGAGCGAGUCAUCACCGGUGCCUGCCAACGACAUGACUAAAGGCAUCCGGCGAGAAAUCAGCCGUCAACAGCUUGCUAUCACCAAGAAUCUCUUCAUGGUGUUUUUCAUCUUCUUCUUGUUGAUGUCUCCAUAUUUCAUCUCUCUGGCUAUACCAAGCAGUGGCGCGUUUGCUCUCUACGGGGCAACCAUCAGUAUGCUGAAUAGCUGUGUAAACCCCAUUAUCUACACGGCAAAGCAUCCUCAGUUCAAGUUGGUGCUUCGAAAGAUCCUUCGCUGUCGCUACUCUCAGAUACCUGAACCAUCUGACUGGCUGAAAUCCAUCUUGUCUCGGCGGAAGUAAACAGGUUUUUCAUACACAGAAUGUUUUUGAGUUGAACCCUUUUGUUACUUUUUAUGGAGGGAAGGUGUUUCAGUUUUGCAACUGAUUGGCAGUGAUGUUUUAGCACCAGAGGAAGCUGGUUGCGUCUUAUUAUAUGCAUAAUUACUUUACGAUGAAUUUAAAGUGUUCAUGAGAUGAAUUAUUGUUUAUAGGAACGCAUUUUGUGCAGCUUUUUACUACUCAUAAAUGUAUGAAAACUAUUUGACAUCCCUUUUUGGUUAAUUUUAUUAACCUUUAAACAUUCAGUUAACUGUUCAGUUAAGGAUUUCUGUUCGAAUUGUUAACCCAAACAUCUGCCCAUUGAAACCAUUUGUGAGAACAGUUGCUCAUUGGUUUACUUUAUGUACUGCCAUCUACUGACACCACAACAAAUCACCGAACAAAGAAUAUGUACGACAACAACAUAUCCCGAAUUCUGACGACUUUUGGUGCAGAAAUAGCUGUAACAUUGAGGUUUCUGCCUGAAGUGACA